GCAGUCUUAGUCAGUGAUGCACUGUGGGAUUGCGGACUAUUGGCAUAGCAACCAAACGUUAAGUGUUUCGCCCCGGAUUAGUUUUUGCCUGACUUUCUGCAGGUAAAGCAGUUAGCUUUAUUUUUGUACCGCUGCCAUGAAUGCGGCAGUGGUGAAAAAAACCCAGGACACGUUGGGAAAAGUGAUAAAGAAACCUCCGCUGACGGAGAAACUGCUCAGCAAGCCGCCGUUUCGAUACCUUCACGAUAUCUUCAGUGAGGUAAUCAGGACCACUGGUUUUAUGAAAGGGCUAUAUGAAGAAAACGAAAUGAAGUCAGAUAGUGUAAAGGACAAGGACUCUAAAAUAGCCUAUCUACAGAAAGCAAUAGAUGUGGUGAUGUUGGUUAGUGGCGAGCCCCUGGCUGCAAAGCCUGCACGAAUUGUCGCCGGCCAUGAGCCAGAGAAAACCAAUGAGCUGCUGCAGGCCAUCGCCAAGUGCUGCCUGAACAAGAUGUCCAGUGAUGAAGCAGUGAAGAGAGUGUUAUCUGGAGAAAAGGUGGACUUGAAAACAAAGGCCAGUGCCUCCAGGUCUCAGGGCAAGGAAAAUCGGGAGGGACGCGAACGUCAUCCAGAUAGAGAGGAGAAAAAAAAGAUAACGGAGCGCAGUGGAAGCCGGGAUCAGAAGGAUCCGGAUCAGUCCAAAGAGCAUGACGUGCGACGCAGAGAUGGGGAGAAAGAGCAGCAGCGUGACCGUGAGCGCUCUGACAAACACCAGCCAAGUGAGCAGGAGCAACACACUAAAGACAAGAGUCGAGACCGGGAGCGAGACAAAGCACGAGCCAGAGAUCGGGACAAGGAGAAAGGCAGAGAAAAGACCAGAGAGAGAGAUUCUCACAGAGAUCGAGAGAGAGACCGGGAGAAGCGGCGAGACAGAGAGCGGGGCAAUGAUGGGGACGAGAGGAAAAAAAGUGGCGAGAGUGUCAAUAGAAACGCCAGAGAGUCAGAGGAAGCACAGCAGAAGCCUGGUCCUGAGGAGCUUAGCAGCAAAGCAGCUCCCACAGAGGUAGUUGAGAAUCAGCAUGAGAGUCCAGCCAGAAUACCUCGUCCUUCAUCUGCAAAAGGUCAGAGAAGGCGGCCAAAAGUUGGAGACGAAUCUGACAGUGAUGGAGAAGGGGAUGCUCGGAUAACUCAGAGACCUGUCCCUCAGGAAAACGGAGACAUAGGAGGAUCAUCAGAGCCAUCUGACAUGGCUUCCAGCACCAGACGAAUGGCGCGGCCAAGCAGUGCUCGGGCGGCGCCUCCUAGAGUCAAGAGACAAGAAAGUUACACCGAAGCGACGCCAGCUGAGAGGCUGCUGAGUGCCAAGCUGCUAGCCCCUGUCAUCAUGGAUGGGAAGAGGCUGUCUGAGGAUGAAGAAGAUGAAGAUGAACAAUUUCUCGUUGAGGAGGCGAUCCCUCUGCUCACAGAUGCUCCUGUAGAGAGAGGACUUGAAAAAGAACUAGACGGUGAAGAGAAACAUGGCGGCCUUGUGAAAAAAAUUCUUGAGACGAAGAAAGACUAUGAUAUAGCACCAUCUUCACCCAAAUCUAAAGAACAGAACCUGGUUUCUGAAGCAGCACGCAAGAAGGAGCGGGAAAUGGUGACGCGGGAGAUUGAGCGGCUGCGUUCAUCCAUUCAGAUGGUGUGCCGUAGUUCUCUACCUUUGGGUAAGAUCAUGGACUACAUCCAGGAAGACAUGGAUGCCAUGCAGGCUGAAUUGCACACCUGGCGACAGGAAAAUAAGGAGCAUGCACAGGCUUUGCUGCAGGAGCAGAGUGCGACAGACAGAGCCGUGGACCCUCUUAAAGCAGAGCUAACUGAGCUAGAGCAGCUGAUCAAGGACCAACAGGACAAGAUUUGUGCUGUGAGGUCCAACAUACUCAAGAAUGAGGAGAAGAUCCAGAAGAUGGUGACUGGGAUCAACUUCUCCUCCAGAACCUGAAUUCAGCAUAAAGGACCAUGAGGAAAGAAAAACAAAGAAUGUGCUUUGAAAAUUAAGGCAAGAGCAGUCUUCUGUUUAGAGAAAAUGGUUAGGGCAUUUUUUUGGACAUUAUUAGAGAUGGGGCUGAACACUGCUCUGCAAGGUAGAGAGUCACCAGGUACAUGCCCUGCACAGCUGGAGAAGCAAAUGUCUGUAACAUGCUGUGUUUAGAGGUCUUCCAUCGUUUAAAAACGUGCUGAAUUGAUGGAAUUGAAAAUGUGGAUGAUGGUAUUGGAACUUAAGCAGCUGCUUAGCCUGAUGAUAAAUGAAUGCUUUAAAUGAAUCCGUCUGCUCUGCACACUAACCUAACGCCACCUUUAUUCUGUAAUGGUGCCUUUGUGACAUGAGCCAGUGCUCAGCUCAGGACUUGGAGUCUGCACUCGAACUGAAUGCUUGCUUAACUGCACAUUAAGCAACCACUUGUUACAAAUUUUGAAUGUUUCUUUUGGCUAAUCAUAAAAAACAGCCCAACAUUUAGUCUUUGUUAUGAUGAUUUGGAGCAUCAACAUGGAGUCUGAAAGCUGACUUUUUUCUGCUUCUUUUCUGUUAUAAAGGUCAAGUGCUGAAGUGCUGUUAGACGUCCUAAUUAAACAGAGUGGUGGCACAGUCAGCUAAUUAACAACGUGAAUGUAAUGUAAUGCAUUUUGCUUUAAAUGCCAUUUUACAGGACAUACUGAUCAUUUGGUUUUUAAUCUUGGCUUCUCUCCCUUUUACAAAAAAGGUCUUCCCUGUUUUCAGUACCUUUUCAUUGUAUCCAAAAGUAACACGGUAACUUCAGUCACUCUAUAGAAGCACUGCUGCACUUUGAUAAAUUAUAUUUUCAAGUCUUUUAGAAAAAUGAGAUGCUUCCUUUCAAGGAAGCUGUGUUUGCCCUUCCCAGUCUGUCAGAACUACAUUGAAAGAGAUUAUUAUUGUUUUUCUUUCCAGAUAAAAAGACAUAAAUACAGUGUGCUGGCAGUUGUACAGUAGAAUUUGCCAAAUUGUUCCAGUUUUUUGGGGACAGACUUUUUAUUUUCAACUGUAGAAAGUCAUUUUAGUAGUCUAUUUCACAAUUAUAUAUGUCCUUUACACUUUAAAAAAAAUAAAGCAAUACAAGAGCGAUAAUGUAGUUGAGAUGAACAACUUAAAACAAAUAUUUUGCCAGUUUAACUCUAAACUUUGGAAAUUACAAUAUCACAUUUUUCCAAGUGGAAAUAGCCGCAACAACAAAAAAAUUAUAAAUAAUCUACUGUAUCUUAUUUCAAACCAUAUAAUGAUUGGUAAUUCAACUUCUGUCAAAACCGGUUCCAAUAAUUCAGAUGUGAAUGUAGUGAUUUUGUGGUGGCCGCUCUCUUUACAGCACUGAUUUAAAUAAAUCUAUUGGGUUUAUGGGUUUUGCACUUGAUAAGAAUGAUCAGCUGCUUGAUGACAAAGAUUUCAAUUUUUAGUUUGUGGAAGAAAUUUUUUUUUUCUUUCAUGCUGGAUGUCGAGACAAACAGAGAAAUUCAUGUUAAACCAACAAUCAUCAUAAUCUGAAACUCCUUUUUUUAAAGGAUUUGGAAUUGACUUUUUUUUUUUCAUUUAAAUUAUCACUGAGCUACAAAACACCUGCCCUUUCCCCAUCACAGUAUGACUGCAUGUUUCAGCCUAUCAAACUCAGUGAAUGUCUUUAAGUUCAUAUUUUUUCACUAAAACCACAUCUGUUACUUAACAUUUCAAAGCAUGGAUGACAGAAAGUUAGCUUUUUUUUCUUUCCUGCUACUGCAGCCAAGUUGUUUGUUAUUGGCUUGUCCAACUUCUUUUGUCCUCAUACAUGCGCUGAUGUUCAGAGUAAGAACAUCUGGGUUCACUUACUGAUUUGACAACUAGCACUAUAAUACUUAGCAAGAUCUCCUAUGUUAAGUAUUAGUACAUUUAGGUGACCACAAGAUACAUGCCUGAUGCAUAAAUGGACCAGAAGGUUAUGAACCCCAUACAAUACCAUUCAAAGCUUUUCACACAUGCUCCUCCAAACAAGUUGCUAUGUGUGUAAAUGACAUAUCUGCUCAGAACCUGCAUUUAUUACGAUUAUUUUAGUAAAGCAUUUACCCAGUGGGAGGAUUCUCUUAAGCUUUAACUAUGUGAAAAGAAAAAAAAAAGUUUCACUAAUUUAAACUUUUACACUGUAUAUACAGGGGUUUGCACUGCACAGAAGUGGGGACCAUAAACUGAGGAAAAAGCAGCCAGACUUCACAGAUAAAUCCACUAUUUUCAGAUAAAUAUUACAUUAAUUCUAUCCAGUAUAAUAGGGAAACGUAUAGGUGGUGUAUGGACAAAUAACUUCAAAAUAUAGACAGAAAAAUGGUUUACCGAAAUGGAUACACUGAACCCUGCUUUUAACAUAGCCUCAGUUUGUCUUUAAACUGUACAUAAUGUAUAUGUGGGGAUUGUAUCAUAGUUCAGAUGAUUCUAUAAUUUUGUAGUGGAGUGAAAUAAAUGGGUACAUUGCAAUAAAUGUUUGUCCCUUGUUUAUUAUUUGUAAUGGGGGCAUGCUUAGAGAAAGCCAGACAAAGUCAGAGAAGCUUUAUAGUGGAAGUCUAAUGAUAGGGCUCCACUUCUCUAGCUAAGAUGAGUGAAAUGAUGAAUAACUGGUUUGUGACUCUGACAAUUGCAUUCUGUGAAGUCUUUGUGGCAUCUUGUUUGUCCAAAUCACACUCAAGGAGAUCAUUUUCAUCUCCCUGUAAAGAUCCUCAGGUUACAUAAAAAACAACUACUGCACAAAAAAGACUGUUUGGAUUCAGCAACUGACAAGCAAACAAAAAUUUCU